AUGGAAGAUAAAUACACAUCAAAAUUAUCUCCUGCCACAGACUACAGCGCAGGAAUGUUUCUGGUGGUAAUCGCGGUCCUGUCCAUUUUUGGAAAUGCUGCUGUCCUCGCCACCGCUGCCAAGCGCCUGACCCUCCUCAAAGCCCCGGAGCUCCUCACGGUCAACCUGGCCCUGACCGACAUCGGCAUGGCCCUGAGCAUGUACCCGCUCUCCAUCGCCUCUGCCUUCAACCACACCUGGGUCGGCGGGGACCCGGCCUGCGUCUACUAUGGCCUGAUGGGGUCGCUCUUCAGCGUGGCCAGCAUCAUGACCCUGACCGUCCUGGGCAUGGUCAGGUACCUCAUUACAGGGACCCAGCAUCGCUCAGGUAACAAAUUCCAGAAGAAGACCAUUAUGGUGAUGAUCACGUUCAUCUGGCUGUACGCGGUGCUGUGGGCUGCGCUUCCGGUUCUGGGAUGGGGAUACUACGGUCCAGAGCCGUUCGGUCUGGCCUGCUCCGUGGACUGGGCAGGGUAUCAGCACUCUCUCAACGGGUCCACCUUCAUUUUGGCCAUAUCCAUCACCUGCACGUUUAUGCCCUGCCUGGCGAUCAUCUUCUCCUACUCCGGCAUCGCGUGGAAACUCCACAAAGCUUACCAAGCCAUCGAGAACAACCAAAACCUUCCUAAAUCUGGGAGUCUAGAGAGGAGGUUCACAUUGAUGGCCGUGCUGAUCAGCUCUGGUUUCAUCGUGUCCUGGACGCCGUACGUCGCUGUCAGCUUCUGGACCAUGUUCCACCCCAAAGGCAAGGACAGCAUAGCCCCCAUCGUGAGCCUGCUACCCUGCCUGUUUGCCAAAUGCUCCACUGCGUACAACCCCUUCAUCUAUUACAUCUUCAGAAGGUCCUUCCGCAGGGAAAUCGGGCAGAUCAAGUGCUGCUGUGCUCUCUGGAUGCGGCUCCACGCUGCCGAGAACUCUCUCGCAAGCAAAUCCCCGGACAGCCAAACCCUCAGAGGGGCCACCAGGGACAGCAAUCCAGGGCAAGCCGCGGACAGCCAAACCCUCAGAGUGGCCACCAGGGAUGGCAAUCCAGGGCAAGCCGCGGACAGCCAAACCCUCAGAGGGGCCACCAGGGACGGCAAUCCGGCACGCGCCUGUAGCACAGCCGUCAAGAGACUAACAGAUGGCGAGACGAUGAGUUCCUGUUGA